AUGGCGGAUCUCGUCAAUCGCCAGCCGGAAGACGUCGGCGUGCUGCAAGAGGCGGGCUGGGAGGACGUCAUCGCGCGGCAGCAGGUGGCCUACGCCGCCGCCUGCGAGAACUUCCGCAUCCUCCGCCGCAAGUACGACGCCCUCAAGGAGUGCCACACGGAGCUGCUCUGGAGCCGCGCCGUCGUCGACGCCGAGGGCCUGGGCGCGGACCUCGCCGCCGACGCCCCCGUGGCCGAGGCCGACGGCGUCGUCGGAGGCACGGCGCUCGGCCGCGAGCUCGGGCGGGGCGCGUCGAGCGUCGUCUUCGAGGGGCGCACGGCCGACGGGUCGCCCUGCGCCGUGAAGCGCAUCGCCAAGGCCUCCGCGAAGACGCUCCGCGAGGUGCGGACCAUCGGCGCGGAAUGCGAGGCGCUCCGCGCGCUGUCCGCCGGCGGCGCGACGCCGGCGCUCGUCGCCACGAUGUCGACGCCGAAAUUCCUCUACGUCGUCACGGACCUCUUCGGCGAGGAGCUCUACGGCCACGUGCGCGCCCGCGGGCUCCUGGGGCCGCGGCCGCGGCUCCAGGUCUUCGCGGGCGUCGCCGCCGCGCUCGCGCGCAUGCACGAGGCGGGCUACGCGCACCGCGACGUCAAGCCCGAGAACGUGCUCGUGGACUUCCGCGGCGACGCCGUCGAGGUCAAGCUCUGCGACCUGGGCCUCGCGGCGAAGCUCCCGGACGCGCCGCGCUUCGCCUUCGACGGCGGGCCGCCGGGCGCGUCGCCCGACAGCGUCUUCGCGUCGCUGGGCCAGUACGCCCAGCCGAACCACGGGCCCCUCUUCCGCUGCUGCGGGUCCAUGGGCUUCUUCGCGCCGGACAUGCUCGACGUCCGGGGCUACGACGCGACGCGCACCGACGUCUGGUCGCUGGGCUGCCUGGGCCUCGAGCUCGCGCUGGGCUCGCGCGUCUUCGCCGACUUCUGGUUCGUCGCCUACAAGACCUUCUUCGCCGCGCCGCGCGGCGCCGGCGACGAGGCCGGCCCGUUCCGCGCCGCGCUCGCGCCCAAGCUCGACGCCGUCGGCCGCGCGAGCCGGGGCGAGCCCGGCGGCGGCGCCUGCGAGGGCGCGCUGCCGGCCUUCUCGCCCUUCGGGGACCUCGUCGCCGCCUGCCUCAGCGAGGCGCCGGCCGCGCGGCCCUCCGCGGCCGAGUGCCGCGACCGCGCCGCGCCCCGGGCCCGGACCGCGCCGACGGCCGCGCCGCCGCGCGCGGCGACGACGGCGCGCGCCUACGACGUCAUCCGCGGCCUCGCGCGCCCGAGCUCGGCGCCGCGCGCGCCGUCGCUCCUCGACGCGGCGCUCACGUGA